CAUAGCGCACUAACAGGAAAGGAAGUCCAACGAUAAAUGAUUCAGCCUGCGUAUAGCCCACGAAAACUUCCGACCGCGAAAAACGCGGGAGGGCACCCACGGCGGCGUCGAUGGGAGGGCCUCCGGCGGACUGCACCGACGGGAGGGCCGAGGGCCUCCGCACGGCGAUGCGGGAGGACCUUAGGAGGUGGUGGCCUCUCGGACACUCGCUGCGACGGAACGGAGAGGAUCGUGCAAGGAGGUUUCAGGUUUGCUCAUUGGCUGUCCAACCGUUUCUGCGAGCCCGAAUCGUUCCAUGUCUUUUGACCCAAACAGUCCGGCUUCAUGAUGAAUCCUGGCUGCCUUAUCUCCUGGUGCUGGGCCAAUCCCGCAGGCGAAAGGUAGGCUGAUUGAGAAUAUCGAUUUUUAAAGAGCUAGGAUGAUCGCGAUCUGUUCGCUUGUUUUUAAGGUAGUACCGUACCACUUUCUACCAUAUUUUUGUCUCUAUAGAUUACUACGUUGCAGCAACUGGCUUUAAUAUGAAGCACGCUAGUUUUUAUGGCGUAUCAGGUAAAGCCAAUAACAUCUAAGUUAAUUUGCAUACAUACAUAUGGCGCGAAGUGCACGUCAGGCAACCAUUCGUAAGACUUUAAGAUAAUUCUCAACAGAUGUUUACGAGUGUAAUAACGACAGAGAAGUGACUAAUGGUGCGUGCUUAUAAACUAUUCUGCAACGCUUGAGUGCGCUGGUCUUACUUAUGGGCCAUGGUCCAAAUCAGCUCACUUCGAGAAGAUUUCCGCGUUUUCCUUUUUCAAAAGGAUAGAAUCACUUUUCGUAUCAUGGCCUGUGCCGUGACUAAAUGACCUCAUAUGAACACACAUGUGAAUUGUGCUGGUUUUCUAAAGUGGUCUUCAUUACUGUGAUACGGUCAUACGGAAUUUUAUUCCAUAAGUAUUCCAACUGUCGGUUUGCCACUUGUUUUAGAUAAUUAACGGGCAGGGCACGAUGAAGUCUAUGGUGCUGUGGUUGAGUAGUUGCAGUCUGGAGUACAGUGUUAUACAUUAACGAAAGUGGCAUUGCAACGAAUUCAGAUCCUACUUCUGCAGACCAAUUUUCAGAAAAGUUAUCUGAAGGCAUGAUCAGGGGAGGGACCUUUUGGACUACGAAGCUAGUGACUGUCCCAUACUAGUGCACCAUGGUGCUCACAUCAUCUGAAACAUAGGUUGUUAUUGGCAACUGGUCACAGCAGAGGCAGCAGACAGCAGCACAAUUAGCACCGGUCGUCGUCAGAUCACACCUCUGAAGUUCUCUUUAUAUUAUGAAGCCUAAAUGAAGAGGACAAUCUGUUUCUCCAGAAACAUGUAGAUGGGCAAAGUGAAAUGCGAUAAUCAAACCUGUCUUGAAGGUCUUCACUGUUGCAAGAAUAAGAGACAAUAAUAUGCUACUUGUGUCUUUCUUUUACCCUAAGAGACCUGAGCAGGUGGAACCAUGCAUGUCACGUUGCAUACAUGUUGCCAUGUUGGUUGAGUUCAAAAGUCUAAAACGCGGUUACUAGAGUUAAGCGCAGAUUUAAAAUUAUGGAAGCAAGCACGCACCACCAACUCUAGGUCAAGGUUCUCUGUGCAUAUAUGAGCUCCAGGCUGUGUUUGUCUGCAGCACUAGACAAGGAGAAUAAAACUCAUCAUUUGCACUUCACACCAGCCAAGGGCUCAGCGUUAAUUGCCGGGAAUACAUUGGGAGCUCUGCAAUCGCAAGCUAGUUUGCUGUCAACAACGUGCAUCCUUUGUUGAGAGGCCAUAUCGAUUAGUUUGAAGACGUUGCAAGAGGCCAGCCAUCAUGGCUAAGAGGGAUGGCUACAUGGACAGCUCUUGUGGCUACUCUAAUGGAACCCCUAAAAGGCUGGUGCAGGAUAGUAGCAGUCAUGUGCAGGCGCAUGCUAAGAAGAAAGUUCACAUUAGCACAAGAACUCAGCACACAUACGCACCGUAUCAUGAUGGCUACCAGUGGAGAAAAUACGGGCAAAAGCUGAUCCGAGGCAGUACCUACCCAAGGUGCUACUAUAGGUGCACAUACCACCAGGAUCAUGGCUGCCCAGCAACCAAGCAUGUGGAGCAAACCAAUUCCCAGGACCCGCCAUUGUUCCGGGUAACCUACACGAAUGAGCACACAUGUUGCAGCGCCCAUGUCUCAGAUUACAUGGCUUCAUCUGUACACAUCCAGCAGAUCGCCGAUGCUUCUUUGAGAAAGCUAGCAGAUGUGGAAAUACCGAGCCUGACCCACUGUUUUAGUGGCCAUGAAUUGAUAAAAGAAGAGAAUGAUGCCGUCAUCUCCUCAUUGCUCACGGCCGUCAGUGGUUGUGAUGUGGCAACAUCCGAUGGCGUGCAUGCAGCCAUUCAAGAGAACACACCUGCUCGGAUGUCCCGAAGCAGCAAUGAGGCUAGCUCUUCGAUUUCACCACCUGUACUGUUGCCGGCAUCCGAUAACCCGAAAACAGACUUCAUCGAGCCACUGGAGACCCAAUGGUUCGAGCCUUUGGAUUUAGGUUGGUUCAUAGAAUAAACUGACUGGUUGAUCUAUCAUUUAUUAUGUUGGUACUAAACAGUAAACACAUCCAUAACCAUCCUGCGGUUCUGCUAGAAAAUAUGUAAUUGUUCUAUUUACUGCUA